CUCAACGCUGAGGACAAGGAGACCGCAAAAGAAGAAGGGGAUCAGCAAGCCCUUCCGCAGCUUUCCGCCGAGACUUCCUUCACAAGCAGCACGGAAGCUCGAGGGGAGGGGCGAGGCGGUAAAAGAAAGCAAAACAAGGGGCAGAAACCGCUUUCUGCGAGUGCGGGGAGGAAAGCGGCGCUUCGCUAGGGCAGCCUCCGGCCGUCGGCGAGGCGCAGCCGCCGCUCCGGACGAAGCAGCUCCAUAUCCCUCACCUCAGGCCGGGGUCCAACGGCCGUAACGGACACUGCCCCCCGCAACGCGCCGGGCGCGGGGGUGGUGGGGCGGAGCCAGUCGCGCGCCGCAGCGCCCACUACGCCAUUUCCCUCAGCCUGAGAGGGCAGCUAUGGGGGAUUUGGUGCGGAGUCGAGUCCGUGGGGAGGCCGCCGGCUGUGAGGGAUUGCUAAAGCUGUGAAGAGGAAGGGUAACAGAAGCGAGUCAGAGUUCUGACAGAAAUGAUUUUCGCCUGGAAUUUCCCCGGCAUUGAUAGAUCUGCAGUGGGCAUCCAGAUUUAGACAACUUCACAAACUUGGAGAUAAACCUGUUUUGUCACAUUUUUCUUACAUAUUAUAAGGUGUUAAACAGAUAACUUGGCUUUGAAUAUGCACCAUGUAAGAUACACAUGUUGUUCAGCAUACAGAGCCAUGCACGAGUCACUUCAUAUUCCAAGACUGGGAUAGUUGUUAUUCAUGACAGCAUGAAUAGCGAGGAUCAAAGAUACAGAAGCAAAAUGUUUAUUUUGCAGUCAGUAGGUUAUAUUUCUUAAUCACUCUGGAAACACUGAUGGGUGGAUCAAUGCAUUUUUAUCAAAUUGUGUACAUCAGCAUUCUGACUGCAGCUUGUUGCAUCUUGCCUGAAAGAGUUCUGGGAGAGCCACCUAGCAACCUACAAAUGGAAUCUCACAAUUUUCAGCACAUUUUGUCUUGGCAGGCAAAAAGUGAUCCAACUGUGACAACAUACUAUCGUGUACUGUACAAUGACCGCAGGAACUGGAUGACUGCUAAGCAAUGUUCAGAUAUUACACAACUCUACUGUAAUCUGACAGAUGAUUUUAAAGAGGCUGACACUCAGUAUUUAGCAUUGGUUCAGAGCUUCGUAGGAACUGAAGUAUUCAAUUCUUCUGUACUUGAUUUUGAACCACUUCUUGACACUUUCCUGGGACCACCAGAAGUUAAUAUCAGUUCCUGCCUAAACUGCAUAAAUGUCACCAUAAAGCUGCCAACCUCUCACUUAAGAAAAAAUGAAAAGCUAUUGUCUUUAAUUGAUAUAUAUGAAGAGCUUGAUUAUGGUAUAACACUGAAAACACUUGAUGGAGAUCAUAAGAGGCUGCAUAAGAAAAUGACUGAAGAAAUUUUUAGUACUGUCAUUGAAGAAUUGUAUCCAAAUAGAAAUUACUGUGUGUCUGUUAUGGUCACUGCAUCUCUCAACAAAAAUUCCAUCCCAUCAGCCUGGAAAUGUGUAACUACGGACUCUGUCGCUCAACAAGAUUAUUAUACAGUUGCAGUCGCAGGUGCUGUAUGUUUUUCACUCAUCUUAGCUGGUGCCCUGAAGUGUAUGCAUGCAGGAGGUUAUAUUCUUCAGAAAAACUUACUUCCACAUAGUUUGGUAUUCAGCAAGAUGUUAACCUAUCCACUUUGGACAUUCGAAUCUGAAGAAAUAGCCUCUGUAGAGAUCAUUUACAAAGAGGUUAAAAAAAAGACAAAUGAAUCCAGUGGUGGUGGUGUCAGUGAUGAAGAUGACAGUGACGACAGUGACAGCGAUGCCAUAAGUAAUCAUGACUAUGCAAGGCGUGAUAUCAUAGGUAGAGUGCCUCAUUCCUCUGGCACGGCAGAUGGUUUUGUGCAGUACUCUAUAAAUAGCACAUGCGAGGACAGCAGCAGCCAGGCAAGCGAACAUCCAGACAUUGACCCUGAAGAUUUUGAAGAGCAUGAGAUGGACAUUGAAGAAGACAAAGACACAAGUAGUGAGUUACUUAAUACUUUCUCUGAGGUAAAUUGCAACUAUUCUUCUAGGCAAAGGAACAGUGCUUGCUUUACCAUUAACUUAAAUACUGUGCUGUUGGGAGCCUCUGAAGAGAACAUGGACAGUUCUGCAGUUCUUCUUUCUUCCCAAGAAGAUGCAGUUGACUGGCAGUGUGCUCAUGCUUUUGAAGCAAAACUUCUGGAUGACACCAAAAGUGUGCGGAAACCACUCUGUCCUAACAGCUCUCAAGAAUGGCAAAUUUCUUCUCAUUCUUCUGAUGGAAGUGACUCAUCAGAUUCAGAUAUGGACCAAAAAACUGAAUACCUAAGAAGAUAAAUAAAUGAGAACCACCGUU